AGGCUUAACGGCAUGGAUGGGGCAUGCAUACAUGCAUUUGAAGAAGAGCGAGAAAGUUGUUGUUGUAGAAUGUAGAGAGAGAGAGAAGCGGUUGAAUGAGAAGAGCAUUUCCCGGCUAAAUAAGGGCACUCCUUCAUUACUUACUGCCCACCCAUUACUCUCUCUUUCACAAAUCUCUCCCCUUCGAUUACCUAUUUCUCUCUCUAGAUCUCGAUCCCCAAUUUUCUCUUCUUUCCCCCACCCCCAUGCAUACAUUUACUCUUUUUACCCCAAUUUUAAUGCUUAUGCUUUGAUUUUUCUGCCGCUUGCCGCUUGAGGGGGUCGUUUUCUGCUCGCUUAGGGCUCUCAUGAUCGUGCGAUGCUGCUGCUUUAUGUGUGAUUAGGUGUGUUUCAUAAUUCCGCAGUGCUGAUCAGGUCUUCACGGGAAGAUCUGAGUAGAGGGAGAGAGAGGGAGAGUUUCUCCGUUUGUUGGAAUAAUGAGCGCCUCUAGAUUCAUAAAGUGUGUGACGGUCGGCGACGGCGCCGUCGGGAAGACCUGUCUAUUGAUUUCCUACACUAGCAACACCUUCCCCACGGAUUAUGUGCCUACUGUAUUUGAUAAUUUCAGUGCAAAUGUCGUCGUUAAUGGUGCUACCGUUAACCUAGGCCUCUGGGAUACUGCUGGACAGGAGGACUAUAAUAGAUUAAGACCAUUGAGUUAUCGUGGAGCUGAUGUUUUCAUUUUGGCAUUUUCACUCAUAAGCAAGGCCAGCUAUGAAAAUGUUUCCAAGAAGUGGAUUCCUGAAUUGAAGCAUUAUGCCCCUGGUGUCCCUAUCGUUCUUGUUGGCACAAAACUAGAUCUUCGAGAUGACCAGCAGUUCUUUGUCGACCAUCCAGGUUCUGUACCAAUCACUGCAGCUCAGGGGGAGGAGCUGAGAAAGUUGAUUGCGUCUCCUUCUUACGUUGAAUGCAGUUCAAAGACCCAACAGAAUGUCAAACAAGUCUUUGAUGCUGCGAUUAAAGUUGUGCUCCAACCGCCGAAGCAAAAGAAGAAGAAGGGGAAGGCUCAAAAGGCUUGUUCUAUAUUGUGAUCAUCGUAUGAGGUGUAAUGAUAUGUCCACCAAUCUCUCUCUUUCACGCUCGUGUCGCUUUCCGUUUCUUUUGCCUCAGAAGAGAACUAGGAGUGCCCUUGCAUGCCCCUUCCAUCAAAGCACGCAACCUUCAUGGAACUAGGUGGAUCAAAUCUCUGCUUUGUGCUUUGAUAUCCAAAGUGUUACCUCAACACUUUUAGGCCUGCCCUGUUUUAAUUUCUUCUUUUCUUUCAUUCAUUAAUCAGACCAAGGUUUUAUGAUGUUGGCUAUUGUUAAGGGUUCUUACAUUCUGUCUUUGACUUGAUUUAUAUUUUUAUAUAUAUAUAGAAACACACAUAUAUACA